AUGAUAUCAAAUCGACAUGAACUUCUCAGUUGCGAGAUCAUAGAUAUCGAGCAACGAUUUCCAUCGGGCGUCAUCAGCAUCAUCGGCCAAGGAACAUCCUGCUUUGUUGGCCUGGUUGACCACCAAACUGUUCUCAAGUACCCCUUAUUUCCAGAUAACAGGUUCAGAAUCGAGGUCGAGCAGAAGUCAUUGGAACAUGUUGGUCCACACCCACGAGUGGUCGAGUCGGCAGGCUUGACCGAGGAUGGACUCUUACUUCGGUACGCUCAAAACGGCACCUUGCACAACUACAUCUCUCAACAAAGCAAACUCAGUACCACGCAGCUCCUCAGGUUUUGCAUCCAAAUUGCAGAGGGCCUGAUGCAUCUUCACAGCAGAUCCGUUUAUUAUGGGGCUCUACGACCAGGAAACAUUCUACUCGACGAGAAUCUUGAUAUCAAAUUGGCAGACAUUCAAGGUGUACUCAUUUCCAACGGUAAAGUCGUGCUGGACGGAUUGGCUCGAGAGAGCUCGAUGUAUUACAUGCCACGAGACGGAGACCGCAUGGACACAACAACCGAUCUGUUCGCUUUCGGGUCAACGGUGCAUUUUAUCAUGACUGGGCAAGAGGUUUUUCCAGAUCUAGUACCAACAGCAUAUGGAGACGACGAAGAAUAUGAAAAUGAAAUCUAUCGUCGUUUCACAGACAAAGAGUUACCCGAUGUUUCUCAUCCCUGUGCCACAGUUACUCAACGGUGUUGGCGGGGAAUGUAUGAUUCUGCCGAGCAGCUAUUGAUGGAUCUGGAGGCGCUGAUAAAACGGCUCGACGCAGGGACCUCUGUCAGUGUCAUGUAA